AUGCUUCAGGUUUACUCUGCAUCCCCACCCAAAGUUUCCUCUCACUCACCUGUUCCUGAAAUUCUCAAAACCAAUCUUCUCAGAAACUUCAAUUCGCCGUUGGAGCUCAAACAGGUUCACGCCCUUCUCAUUAAAAACCACACUCCUCUCUCUUCUCUUCCUCUCACUCGAGUCGGCCUCGUUUGUGCUCUCAAUCCCAGUUUUGCUUACGCCCGACGGAUUUUCCAGACCCUCGAAAAGCCAGAAAUUGUUGUGUGGAAUUCGUGUCUCAAGACCUUAGCUGAAGGAGAUUCACCUCAAGACGCCAUCUUCCUUUUCUAUCACCUGCGUCAGGUCGAUGUUUUACCUGACGAUUUCACGUGUUCAUUUGUUCUCAAGGCGUGUGCGAAUUUAUUGGACGUUCUCAAUGGCAGAAUCGUUCAUGGUUAUCUGGAGAAACUUGGUCUUCAGAGUAACUUGAUUUUACAGAACAUGAUUGUUCAUCUUUACGCGCUGUGCGGUGCAAUGAGUGAUGCUCGGCUUCUGUUCGUCAAAAUGCCUCAAAGAGACGUUGUUACCUAUAACAUAAUGAUAAGCCAAUGGAUCAAGGCGGGGGAUCUCAAUAUGGCUCAUGAUGUGUUUUCUAAAAUGUCUCAGAGAAAUGUAAGAUCGUGGACAUCAAUGAUUUCUGGGUUUGUCCAAUAUGGGAGAUCAAAGGAAGCCAUUCGUUUAUUCUUGGAGAUGGAGAGUGAAGGUCUAAGGCCAAAUGAAGUGACAGUAGUGGCCGUUCUUUCAGCUUGUGCUGAUUUGGGUGCUUUGGAUCUUGGCAGAAGGGUCCAUGAAUACUCAAAUCGAAGUGGGUUUCAUGAAAAUGUCCAUAUAUCCAACACCCUGAUUGAUAUGUACGUGAAAUGUGGGUGCUUGGAAGACAGUUACAGAGUUUUUGAAGCCAUGCGAGAAAGAACUAUAGUGUCAUGGUCAGCUAUGAUUGCAGGGCUUGCAAUGCACGGACAAGGAGAGAAGGCUUUGGAACUAUAUGAUAAAAUGAUUAGAUCAGGAAUGAAACCCAACGAUGUAACUUUCGUUGCACUACUUCAUGCUUGUAGUCACUUGGGAUUAGUAGACAAGGGUCGUGAGCUUUUUACCAUGAUGACUAGAGAUUAUGGGAUAGAACCUAAAAUCGAGCAUUUUGGUUGUAUGGUUGAUUUAUAUAGUCGUGCUGGCCUUCUAAAAGAGGCUCACGAGUUCAUUGUGAACAUGCCUAUAGCACCCAAUGGGGUCAUUUGGGGUGCUCUGCUUGGCGGAUGCAGAGUUCAUAAGAACAUUGAAUUGGCCGAGGAGGCAAUUAGACACACUUCUGAAUUGGACCCACUCAAUGACGGGUAUUAUAUUGUUUUAUCGAAUGUUUAUGCAGAAGCUGGACAAUGGGAAAAAGUGGCGAGAAUCAGAAAGCUGAUGAAACAUCGAGGGGUGAAGAAAACUCCGGGAUGGAGUUCAAUCACCAUUGAUGGGAUUGUUCAUGAGUUUGUAGCAGGAGACGAGAGUCAUCCUGAAGCUGAAGAGAUAUUUGGAAUGUGGGAAAAGUUACUUGUUAAGAUGAAGCUAAAGGGUUACGUACCAAAUACUUCAGUUGUUCUUCUUGACGUGGAAGAUGGAGAGAAGGAAGAGUUUCUUUUUCGCCAUAGUGAAAAAUUGGCUCUUGUUUUUGGGUUGAUGAAAUUGCCACCUGGAAUGUCAAUUAGGAUAAUGAAGAACCUUCGGAUGUGUGAGGAUUGCCAUGCUGCUUUUAAAGUAAUAUCAGCCAUGGAGAAUCGAAAUAUUGUGGUGCGUGAUCGUAAUAGAUUUCAUUGUUUCAAAAAGGGGGCUUGUACGUGCAGGGAUUACUGGUAG